AUGAUCUUAGUACAUAUAAGUAAAAGUAAGGCACUUGAGUGGGGACCACUCGACGGGGUUUUGCUAUAUGGUCCCCCAGGAACUGGAAAAACUACAUUGGUCCAUGCUGUAGCCCGGAAAGCUAAAGUUCCGUUUUUUACUGUUUCGGCUCGUGAUAUUGCCAAGGCCAAAGCAGGAAAAAAGGAAGUGGAAGGCCUAUGUGCAGAGGCAAGAGUAUAUAAACCAUCAAUCGUCUACAUAAAAGACAUAGAUGCAAUUGAUCCAAAUUAUCCAAGGCCUCGAGGAAAUGGUGAAUUUGGAGUAACUUUAGAUGAGUUUUGUCAUGAGAUGGAGAGGUGCAUGAACGGUGGUAACGUGAUGGUUAUAGCUACUACUGACAGGCGCGAGACACUGGAUCGAAGUUUGAUGAGUUUGUUCUUCCGAAAAGUUCACGUGGGUAGACCAAACACAGACAAUAGGCGGAAGUUUAUUGGUUUGCAAUUGAACAAGUUUCUCAAGGAGGAAGACAGAGAAGCCAUUUGUAACCUUGUUGCUUCACGAACCCCGGGCGUCGUUUGGGGACAUCUUAGAAAGAUAGCCAAUAUAUCUUUAAUGCUUGCUGAUAUCAGAGAUGACGAUUAUGUGACGAUGGAUGUUGUUCUUCAAGCUCUUGAAAAGGUUAAGCCAUUGAUCUUGGAUAUCAAAACUAGUCAACUAAUCCGCGAUGACAAACCUGAACGAGUUUUAAACUAUCAGAUGCAACACAUGGUUGAUACCAUGGACUUUGGAUAUCAAAACUAGUCAACCAAUUCA